AUGAUGAGUACAUAUGAAGUUGAUCAGAAUAAGGGGGAAAGCAAAUAAAAAAUUUAUUUAAAUCAAAUACUCAAAAACAAUCAAAGCAAAAAAAUCUUUGAUAAGCAGGAUUUUUAUAAUCCAGACAACUACAUAAAGCUAAAACAGCUUUUAAAGUCAGAGCAAAGUCACAGUAAAAAUGAUAUAAAAUUAAGCUUCCCAGAAUUCGGCAUUAUUGAAGAAAAGAUAGUGGAUUACAGCUAGCCUAUAUCUCGAUUUUAACUUGUGGAAUAUGAGAAUAUAGCACCUUACUUUUAAAACUUAAUGGUCAGAACUGGAGAAGCUACUAAUUAGAGUAUUUCUAGAGCAAAUUCAAAGGAAGGCAAUAGAAAACAAAAAACAAUUAUUAACAGCUCAAAAGAAAUAAUCUAGGAAGAGGUUGUUAAUUCGCUUAACAGUUACCAAAUAGCGAUAGACAGUAAGGACAGGGUACCAAUGUCAAUUUUAAAGCAGCUUGACUUUAAGAAUCAAUCUUUAAGUAUAAGAUCAUCUAAGGUCUACAAUUAAACACCUAAUAUGAUUAGCAAGGUCUCAUCAAUAGUUAAUUAACAAUAGCUAAAGUCUUGCUCAAGCAUACUGAGACUUCAGGAAUAAUUGAAGGAAUCAGCACAGUAAAGUGUAAAGCAGCCGCUUAAAUGCGUAUCUGUCCUAGAUGAUAAGCAUUUAAACGAAAAGCUAAAGGAUAAAAAUCCUACUCAAAUUAGCAUUGAAGAUGUAAUAAGAGAAAGAAGGUAAGAAAGAGCAACUUCAAGCUAGAAUCUGCACAGAGUACCGACAGCAUAGAGGUAAAUGAAAGUUGUGAGAUCAAAAUAUAAUCUAGAAACUUUUACGCCAUUCAAUGAGGAAAUUAAUGAAGCGAAUAUAAAAUUUAUACAAUCGCCUUCAAGGACUUUUGAAUCAUCUAAGUAUGACAGAGCUUCAAGAGAUCUUACCCCUAAACUUAUCUUGAAUCCUAGAAUAAAACUCCGCUAUCAAGCGAAGGCAAUGCAAAUUUUUAACAAUAUGAAAUUUUGA